CCUGGGGCGGGGCCUUCUCUGCCGGGAAGGCCUCGGCGCCAGCGCGGCUCGCGUUCUUUGGAGGCAUUCAGGCGGGCGAGUCGCUCUGCGGCGGGCUGCCCAUGGAGAGCCCCGCGGCCACGUUCACGUUGGCCUACGUGGUCCUGGCUGUGUGCUUCGUGUUCCCCCCGAACGAGUUCCACUCGGCCGGCCUGACGGUGCCGAACCUGCUGGGCGGCUGGCUGGGCAGCGAGGACGCGGCCUUCGUGCAGUACCACCUGCGGCGGGGCACCGGCACCCUCCUGGCCCACGCCCUCCUGCCCCUCGGCUAUUAUAUUGGCAUGUGUUUUGCAGCACCUGAGAAACAACUAUGCAGUUUUCAUCAGACUCCUGAAGGCUGGAAGUUCUUCUUCUUGAUAGCAGUUCUUGCCCCUACAUUUGCUGGUAUCUUAGCAUAUUACUGGUCACAAAAUGGUUGGAGUAACCACCCACUGGUCAAGACAAUUUCCCUUUAUGCCCUCCCACAGUCAGACUGGAAGGCAGUGGCUUCUUCUAUCAACACAGAAUUCAGGAGGAUUGACAAGUUUGCUACUGGUGCCCCAGGAGCAAGAGUAGUUGUUACAGACACUUGGAUCAUGAAAGUGACUACAUACUGCUUACACAUUGCCCAGCAGCGGGACAUCUUUCUGACAGUGGUGGAGUCCAGACAGCACGAACUCUUGCCAGAUUCAAACAUGCCUGCGCAGUUCCUCACAAUCCGUGUUUCCAGUGUUAAUCCUAAUGUGAAAACUUUUGAUAUCCGGCUUAAUUCAUCAGAAUAUGGGGAACUACGAGAGAAGCUUCAUGCUCCCAUCCGUAAUGCUGCUAAUGUGGUAAUUCAUCAGAGUCUCAGUGACUUGUUUCUGGAAACCUUUACCUCUCUUGUAGAGAUGAAUCAGACAUACUCUGUUCCAAGCAAUCAGGAGUUAGACCCAUGCAUUGGAUGUAUGCAGACGAAUGCAAAUAUCAAACUUGUGAAAAGCUGUCAAGAACCAAACGAAGGGGAGUGUCAACAAUGCUACUGCCGCCCUAUGUGGUGCCUUACUUGCAUGGGCAAAUGGUUUGCCAGCCGACAGGAUCAGCAGCACCCAGAGACGUGGCUAUCAAGUCAUGUGCCUUGUCCCACCUGCCGAGCCAAAUUCUGCAUUUUGGAUGUCUGUGUUAUACGAUAA